GCUCAGGGCCACGUGACUGCGCUGGCUCUACGGGGGCCGGGCGGGGACACGCAGCCGCGGUGGCGGUCGCCGUUCGGGGACACGUGACCUCGCGGUCGCUACGGGGGCCGGGCGGGGACAGGCAUCGCAUGGCGGCGGCGGGCGGGUGGCGCGCGGCGGGCCGGCGGCGGGCCCGGGCGGCGGGGGCGGCGGGGGGGGGCAGCUCGGUGCUGCGGCGGCUGCGGGAGGCGCGGGACGACCUGCUGGGCUCCGGCUUCUGGGCGGCGAGCGCCGGAGCCAUGCGGGGCCCGCUGGGCCGCGGCGCCGAGCAGGCGGCGGGUGGCGCGGCGCGGCCCUGGCGGUGCGUCUGCUACGGCCUGGGGCGGUUCUGCUCCUGCCCCGCCGCCCGCUACCAGCUCGCCUUCCUGCUGCUGCUGCUGGAGGAGCUCUCGGUGCCACGCAGCCAGUGCUUCGUCUUCGACCCCGCGUUCUCGGAGCAGGAGCUGGCCGUGCUGGGCGAGUUGGGCCUGCGCGUUCUCCCCGACAACGAGGAAGGGAAACACUGCGUUCAUGAGUCUGCCACUCUCUUUUACAUGAUCCACUGUGGAAAAGCUCUGUAUAACAAUCUGCUGUGGAGUAACUGGUCCAUAGGGGCACUGUCCAAAAUGGUCAUAAUCGGAAACAGCUUUAAAGGAAUCGAGGAAAGGCUGUUGUCAAGAAUCCUGGAGAGAGAUUAUUCUUACAUAGCAAAGGUGUUAAAAGGGACAGAGGAAAUUGCAUUUCCAACUCACCCUCGGUAUAUGGAUACGUUUAAUGACACCUCCAUCCACUGGUUUCCCUUGCAAAAACUCAAGGAACUCUCCAGCGAGGUCUGGGAGUUCCUGGAAGAACCUGCUUACCAAGAGUGCGACGAUCUGGAGAUCAUCAGGAAGGAAGACAAAGUUAACCCGUGCAGUCCUGCUGCAGUGGAGUCUUGACUGUGCUCUGCAGCUGGUGCCUUAUUUGGUAGGAUAACUUCCCCCUUCCCUCAGCAACUGUGUGUGCUCGAGGUUAAGCUCAAGGAUUGGCAAUGUCAUCAUCGUCUGCCAAACUUAAAAGUCGCAGCACCUGAAAACUGACUUUUGUGGGACAAUUUUGUCUCUAAAAGUGAUUAUUUAAUAAAUGUAAAAGCUAUGCUGUGGCUUAUGCUCACUUAACUGCAGCUAGUUUUUUAACUAAAAAAAAAAAGUUUUAAACCACCCAUGCUGCUUAAUGAUCACUCUUUUGCACAAUUCAGUCUUUGUCUAUACUUCUCAUAAUUUGAAGUAUCCAGAAGGGGGUAUUAUUUGUGAAGGAUUUAUAGUUCAAGGUAUUAAACCUAUAUUUGGAACUGGAUAUUAAAACACCUCAGCUGAGGACUGGACAGGACUUCAGCUGUCUAGUGCCACUGAAAACAGCUCUUCAGCCCCAUUCUUCUGUGAAGAAUUGGGUCUUUCCCUUCUAGAACAAAAGGGAAGGAAGAAAAGGGGGGAAAAAUGUUACCAUUCCUCACUACUGAGUUUCCCAUAGUAUAUGUUCUGUGAACAUGCUGAAAAAUCACCUCCCUUUCAGUGCUGCGUUUUGACAGGGCAAAGAGGGGCUCCUGGAGCCAACAAGGGCCUGAGGUUUAGAACAGGCACCAGUUUGGAUGAGCCAGCAGCACACCACGGCCUGGCUCUGUUUGGUAGAGAAGGGCCACCCUGAGUGAGGGACGUUAUCAGGAUAAGAAUUUUCACUGGCAGCAGUUAGAGGCUGUGAAGUCUUCAUCAGCAGGGACUUCCGAGACUCAGCUUGACAAAGCCCUUGCUGAUCUGGGGUUGGUAAUAGCCCUGCUUUGAGCAGAGAACAACCUCCAGCAGUCCCUUCUAACCCUCACUUCCCUAAUGGUGUGAAAGGACAACUGAGGGGUCUGUAUCAGAGGUGGCAAUUACCUCAGCAUCAGAACUGCUCGUUUCUCCUUAGCACCAACUUCCACAUGUAAUUUUAUCUGUUGACACUAUUUGAACAGCUCUAAGAAAAAAAUCCUGGCAUACAGCUGAAGUUUCAUCUAUUUACAAAUUUGUAACUUCUUUAUUCUAAGACAGUUACAUUAAAAUAAUAGCAAGAUAAUCUUCAUAGUUCAAAGCAGGGGCCUUAUUUAGCCAUAUCAAUGAGACUCUGGAGAGAGGUUGGCACCCAAGUCUUUUCUCCCUGUACAAAUACAACGCCUCUGUCAAUGUAAAUCACAAUCCGUCCAAACGUAUACAGCUGUUUUCCUUCAUGACGUUUUCCAAUCACAGGCAUGAAAACAAUAUUGUGUUCCUCUGCUUUUGUUUGAAUUAGGUCCUUAAAAUUCAUUGGCACAGAGCUGGCAGCCAUGCCUAUGCCUCGCUGGGCCAUGUUCUCAGCCUCCCGACGCUCCUGCAUGGCUUCAUACUGAAAGUCUUUCCUUCGCUCUGUGUGCGUGAGGUAGGCAAUGUUCUCCCGAGCACCUGGCUGCAUGUAGCCACCUGUUUGGGAGUGAGAAGAAACAUGUGAAAACAAGGUCCCAGUCCAUUCCUAGCACAAGGUGUCUAAGUAAGCUCCCAUCCAGGGCACGGGAACUAUCAAAUCCUGUAAAGCAGAUUCAUAAAGUUUUGAAUCCUCCUUUUCAGACAUUAGUGUUUAAGUUUUAUAGUGUUAAUCCUGGUAUGACGUAUACUAGGUAGGUCAACCAGUGAACUGCAAAAACAGCAGAAUUUGAUACAAUCCCAGUUUGUACCUGAGCAUGCAUAGCAGCAGAGGAUGCUGUGCUGCUACUGACAAAGGGAAGAUCUGAACAACAGGUUUUGUCUUUAGAAGAGUGGUUUUUUGUUCUUUCUGACCUGUGGUCUCCACAUGCCACCCCUGAGUUACAAACAGUGACUGCUACAAAAAUCAAGCAGCAUCACAUUGCAGGAAGAGGCAAUUCAUCAAAAAGUACUGUAUCAGUUUCAGUUCACUUUGCGGCUGCCCUGAAUACCACACCAGAAGUUUUGCAACAGAUAAACUCUUCUUUGUGCAAUGCUUGCCUGCAAUUGUGUCAUUUUACUACCGAAAUAAAUAUAACACCUUAAAAUAAA